GCAUACCACCCAAACAUCCAUCUCAAGCGUCUUAUCAUAUCUGGCAGACCUUGUGGCACGGCGGACCCACCAGGGUCCAGUGCCACAGACCGAAUGAGACCCUGAACCUGAUUAAUGCUCGUACCCAACCAAUGACCAUGCUUUGUCCAUCUCUUCAUUCUACCCACCUCACAAAGCAAAGCUAUCAAGCCCAGGUCGUAACCGCAUCCCAAUGCAUCGAACUCGGAUCACCAUUUCCGUCGGCACGGAUCCGAUGCCGAUACAACAGGACCUGGCAUAGACGCGAUAUACACUGACGCUGAAACUGCUAACCUUCCGAUACGAGCCGGAGCCAUGGGGCUUAUCAUUGAUCUAAUUCCGGCCGAACUCAAUCUGCAGGGUCCAGCCAGUCGAUCGACGUGGGUCUCUGAAAACCUGAACCAUUGGGGACACCUUCCCAGGGCUCGUGGGCAAUACCAGUUAUUUUUUCAAAAAGCAAAAAACCAGGGGGCCCUAUAGAUCAGCGACUAUUAUUGCUUUGCAGUACGAAAUUCGUACGGGUCUUUUAUCAGGCCGACCAGACUGGCACUGGAUAUUUUUUAUCUUCUCCGGCCCAUCCCUUCAUUCCUAAACCCUCUUGACAGUUGACAUUCCAAGGGGAGGGCCCCGAUUCAUCCCACCAUGCCGCGCUCCUCAUACUAUCUAUUAGCUCUCCUACUAUCAUUCAUUGCAACUAUUCUCUGGUUCUCAUCGAGCGUCAAAUCUUCAACGAAAACCCCUAUCUUAACUCUCUCAUACGGCUCCUGCUCCUGUCCUCCCACCACCGACGAAGCCAACGCCGACCUCACACCCUCCUCACCACCCAUCAAACCAUCCUCCCUCUCUACAGGAAUCACAGUAUCCUCGCCUUCACCUAUCCCCGCAUUCCACCCGGCCUCCGACCCUGACCCGGAACCACCAACAUCCUACUACCUCCCAUACACACCCACAACCAAACUAUCCCGACACCCUUUCCCCUCCAAACUCUGGCAAAAAGCCGGUCCCAACGGCAUCGACCAAGACCGCUCAAAGGACAUCCAAUCUUGGCUCUCCCAAAACCCCUCCCUCCGCCAUGAAAUCUUCACAGACGGUUCCGCAGAACAGUACGUCCGCGAGCAAUUCGCCAAAUUCCCCGACAUCAUCGAUAUAUACACCGACCUGCGCGUCCCAAUCCUAAAAGCCGAUUUCCUGCGCCAAUUAAUCCUCUACGCGGACGGGGGCGUCUGGAGCGAUCUCGACGUCACAUGCCAUAUACCCAUCGACUCAUGGAUUCCGGAGAAGUACAAGAAUGCCACGAAUCUAGUCGUCGGUCUUGAAUUCGACGGGAAUCAGUUCGCUAGUUGGACUGUCAUGGCGAAACCAAGAUCAAACCAUAUCGCCGCUGCGAUCGAGUAUAUCAUGGACGCACUGGAAGGGUCUGCCGAGCAGGCGAACACGACUAUAUCGGGUCUGACGAUGAAGACGAUCAGUGACGUUGUGGCGGUCACGGGACCGCAGGCUAUGACGCGGGCGAUUCUGAAGAGCAUUUCGAGUGAAUUGGGGCAGGUGGUUGAUGGAGGGAAUGUGUCGGGUUUGCAUGAACCGGUUUUGCUGCAUGAUGUUUUGGUUUUGCCGAAUGCGGCUUUUGGGGCGUUGCAGGCGGGGUGGCCGACGGAUCAGGGACCGUAUUUGGUUGAGCAUCAUUAUGCUGGGUCUUGGAAGAAUGAUCACGGUGGAGAGGGUGGGGGGCAUAAAGAUGGCGAUGGUGAUGGCUCUGUCAAGAAGGAGGCUGAGCAGGAGGGCGGGCAGGCGGAUGGGCAGAACGGGGAGCAGAAGGGGGAGAGUGAGAGUGAAGAAGUGAAAAGCGAGAUUCGAGAAAGGUGAUUCAUACAUAGCUUUGGGUGUUCUUGAUUGUCUGGGACCACAGACGGUUGCAUAAUAUGGUCUUUGUCUGGAUUGGAAAUGGCGUUUGGGGGAUUUGUACAUCACUUCAUAAUGGCUGUCGGCGUUGGAGUCAUAUAUCUUCUCUUUCGAGAGAGUAUUGAUACAGUGUAGGAUGAUCUUUCACAAGAUAUCCAACAAAGAUCGAUAUCCCGGAGUAAUCUAUAUCAUGAAGAUAUCACAAUCAG